AUGACAUCGAAGGAGGAACCAAAGGCGAGGCCUAAACGGGGAUUUGAGAAUAAGAUGACAUUAAAGGCAGAGCCAAAGGCGAAGCCAAAGACGCGGCCUGCGCAGGGAUUUGAAAGUAGAAUUAAACCGAAGGCGGAGCCUAAACUAGGAUUUGAGAGUAGGAAGAAAUCGAAGGCGGGGCCAAAGAAGGGGCCUGAGCUGCGAUUUGAGAGUACAGCAGUAGGGAGGGCGGAGCCUGAUAUCCCAGGUCCCAUGCCCAGUCCCACAGCUGACUUUGAAGAGGUUGUGAAGCUCGAAUGGACCCAGUAUAUUCCUGAGCAGAAGGAAAAAAAGAGCACAGAGAGGAAGGAGAAAAGGACAUCAGGCAAAAACCUGGACUCGACCCAGUUGGGGAAGAGCUUGGAAUCAAACGGGAGUUUUAAGUCUUCUAGGGAAGAAAUUGGGCAGGAAGAGAAUAGUGCUUUUCUGAGUUCCCAGAAAAUGACUGCUAUACACGAGAAAAAAUCGGGUAGUAGCGAUUAUUGUGUCUUCUGUACAGUGCCCGAGAUCCCAGGAAAGGCCAAGCAAUUUCGGCCUUAUGGCACAGGAGACAUUCAAAAAUGGGUGCGGUUCGGGGGUCCUCCUGUAGGGUUGUACAUUGACACUUGUUGGGUGCCCAGAAACGUCGACAGGCAGGAAUUGAAGAAACUCCAUCAUGCGCAUGGAUUUCCUUCCCUGGCCUCCAGCCCCGCCCCGCCUUUACACAACAUCCAGCACUUUUGGGAUCAGCAUCUGGAUGUCGGUAAGAGAUUUUUUCAGGAUUCCAUAAUGAGAUGGCAGAGUCUGAAUCGUAAUAUUGCCUUACUAAUGGGUAGCAAAAAGCUACAAAAAUUGUUAAAGUCACAGGAGGAGUUGGAGAAAAAAGUUCAACAUGAAAUGCUGCUAAGAACAAAGGUAGAACAGGAAAUGAUAGAGCUGAAUGAGGAACUGAUGAAAAUACGAGCCCGGAGGAAGCAGCUCAUAGAUGAUCACUACCACAUGCUCGAAGAAAUCCGACCAUUCUUGGGUGAUAGCCCUGUCUUGAUGGGAUAUGUACCAGAUCCAAGCAAGAAAAAACAGAUAGCACCAAUUAUGGUAUGGGAUCAACAGUCACAGCAAUUAGAGCAAAUGCAGUGGCAACAGCAGAAGCUGGUCUCAAGUUAUGAGUCCCAUAUGUCAACGCUCAAGAAAGAAUUACUGCAACAUGAAGAGAUCCAAGCUCAACUGAAACAGAAGAUUCAAGCAUUAAAUGCUAAGAGGGCAGUACAGAUUAGCCAGGAGAAGCAUAUCAAAUCACUGCAAAUGGAAAUACCAAGAGUUCAGAAGGAGAAAGCAGCACUCCUUUAUAGGGCACAAUGUGAUCUUGUUAAAGAGUGGAGAGCACUGAAGCAUCAGUUGUCUGAUGUAAAAGUGCUACUGGGAAAAAGUAUGAAAGGAAAGCACAACUAUGUCCUGGAGCAUGCAGCAGAUAUAUCUAUCCGUAAUUUCACCCGGCAACUGAAACAUGAGAAUGAGCAAUUGCAUAAGGAAAUAAUGCAGCUCUUUCAAAAAACUCAGCAGCUAGAGGACCAGCGGGCAAGGCUUCGAAAGCAGAAACAACAACUGCAACUAGAGCAGUGUUGUUUGGAAAGUGUAAAACAAGGGAGACAGAAAAAACUAUUAAGAACCAAAAUAGCAGGUUAUCAGUCAGAUUGUAAAAAGAGGGAUGAAACACAGUACUAGAAAAAUCCAUAUUUAAAACUCCCCUUUUUGGUAAAGUCUUUGUUGAAAGUGAUAAUAGCUUGCUGAAAUUAUUAGAAGCAAGGGAAUUAAAGUCACUUAGCACUUCCUCUGUAGCACUGUAUAAUAUUGAGUUCAUUGUUAUCUAUACUUCCCCUCACUCACCUGAUCCUCUGAUGACAAAACAGAACCUUACUAAAAUCUUCCAGCAUCUCAACACUGAACUAGCAAACAGGCUUACUUGGCUGAUUAUUAGAUACUGCCAACAGUGGAUGAUGAGAAGAGCAAGCCAAGUUAGAGGGGUCCAGGUGUUCUUUUGGUCUCAGAGUUAUUUUUCUUCAGAGGAUAAACUUCUCUUUUUGAUAGCAACUAUUUAUUUACAGUGCUAGCAUAGGCAUUCCAAUAUCUCAUGUUAACAUAUAUAGGUAGGUCACCCAUCUGUUCUUUCAAAUUCAUGUUGCCCUAGUCUUUACACCCAUUUGUUUGAACUUUUCCAACAUAAACAGAGCAAGUACUCUUGCUAAAAUGCAGUUAGCAAAUCCGAGAUUUUAGAAUGUUAAAUUUGUGUGCCAAAGACCUAAUAAUUGCCUUUUUGCUUUUGGUUUGUCUUGGUAUUUCAAUGAAGCAUAUGAAGAACCUUUGUAAUGUGUUAAGAGGCACUAGUGAAGGACAACACAGUAACCCAAGAGAAUUCCCUAUUUCUUGUUAGCAUUGAUUUGAUUUGAUAAAGCUAUGUAGCUUUUUGAGAAUUUAAUUGAGAAUGGCAAAAGAUGAAAUAUGUAAGGAUUAGUCUUCUUAACAAAGUUUUAUAGUGGAGGAAAUAAUUACCAUCAUUAUAGUCAUUGGGAUGAUUUCAGAUACCUAUUUUUAUAGAGACAUUUGAGAGAAAAAGCUUUUAGUUCAGAUUUCCUCAAGACAACUUUUGAAAAAGCACGAUCCAAAUCAUCCCUGACUCCUACCCUUCUGAAUUCCAAGUUUAUUAAACAAUAAAUUUUAGCCUAAUUUAAGGGUAAAGCAUAUUUUCAUGUCAUAUGUACCUUUAUAACAUUGAGAGUGUCAUCUAGUUUUACAGUUCAUUCCCAUUUUUUAGUACCAUGAGCAUGGUUUUACUAUUUCAGAUUACGAUUUUAUAGUAAUCGUUGCUCAUAACAUUUUCAGUCAAAUAUGGGGCUUGCUUAGGAUCAGAACCUUCAAUUCUAACAUUAUUCAAAAGAGAAAAUGAAAUCCUUUUUAUAUGGUUUUCAGCAAAUCAUUGCCAAGAUGUAUGUAUGUAUAUAUAUAUAUAUAUAUAUAUAUGGCAAAAGACUAAUCCUAUAUAUGUGCAAUUCUUAUUGAAUAAAUUGUUCAAAUGUUUGUUUUCUGAAUUUGGGGCAUCUUCUUUAGGAAUAAGGAGAAUCUAGUGUAAAAUAAAGAUCAAGAAAUUAAAAGAUUUCUUCACUAUGCCAUCAACACUUAUUACCAGAAAAGUUUUUAUGUUAAAAUGCUAGCACGUUUGUGGAUAAACAAUAACAUUCAAGUCUUCCCAAAAUGCAUGUGUAACCCUAGGCAAGUCACAUAAUCUCUCAGUACUCUUAGUCAAUUAUCUAAGACUUUAAAUUGUAGAGAGUAUCAUUCUGCAUUGGUAUAGAAAGUUCUCUUUUCCUGAAAAGUUAUUUCCCUCUUGAUUACUGCAUAAAAACCAGUGAACUACAAUUCACUCACUGAUCUGAUUUUACUGACAGCCAUCUAGAGUGCUUUCCAACACACUGUAGUACCUCUUGCUUAUUACUACCAGUGGUUGGUUCAUUCUCUUCAUAAUUUUAUAUAUAAGAAAUAUAUAAAAAUCACAAUUUACUAAAGAACUUUUGUGGCAUGUAGUCAGCUUGCCCAUAUUGGAACUCAAUACUUCUAGAUUCCUUUUCCCCUUCUUGUGAUUUCUACCUGCAAACCUAAGAUGAAGUCAUCAUUCUUUUUAGGACCAAUCUUAAAAAUAAAAUUAUAAUGCAUAUUAAUUAUUGCUAGGAAGACCUAUCCCCAUACCUUUUUUCCUAGUUGAUAGUAUUCUUUGUGUGUAUGCACUUAAACCUAUAAACAUGCAUGAUCUACAACAUACAAAUGUAACAAAUUCAAAGCAAGAAUUGCAACUGGGGAAGGCACAAAGCUGUAGGAACAGGCUGCAAGAGUCAGAAAGAGAUGGUCAAGAGAAUUUACACAAACAGUUGACUUCUCUUAGUGGCUUGUGCAGUUGUCAAUUUUUGUCAGUCGUUUCGGUUGUGUCCGACUUUGUGACCCACUUGGGUUUUCUUAGCAAAGAUACUGCCAUUUUCUUCAACUCAUUUUACAGAUGAGGAAAUUGAGGCAAACAGGGUUAAAUGACUUACCCAGGGUCACAGUUAUAAACUCAGGAAGAUGUGUCUGAUUUCAGGCCUGGCAAUCUAUAUAUUGAAACAAAUGGAAAAUAGCCUACCAAGGAAGGAACUGGACAUGGGAGAUAAAAAAUUCAAAUCUAAAGAAAAUAAACUUGACUAAGUCAGCAAGAACCAUCUUCCCUCUUGCUAGUUUGAUAAUUCUGUAGUUCUAUUAAAGCAGGGGAGUAGAGUAUUUCAAUUCUGCUAGUCAGAUUGUGUAUUGUUUGGAUAUUAUUCUGAUCAUCAUAGACUAAAGAAAUUUCAUGAAGUCUCCUUUCACUAUUGAGAAAAAAUUUUGCUGCCUUUUUUUUUAACCUGCUUAAGUCCUUUUUAUCUCAAAGAGCCAGCAGUCUUUGAGGAAAAGAUCACUGAGCUACAAAUUGGAUAUAGUGAUAUUUUGAAUCUCUAAAAGGAGAAAUAGGGACAGGUAUCAUUACUAUUGUAGUAUAGAAACUAAAGACUCACUUAGAUACCAUAUCAAGAGCCCAGGUGCUAAGUUGAUUGGAAACACUGUGUGAAGUACUUUUCUUCCUUUCCCUUUAAAUCAGGAUUUUAAAACUUUUUUUUGGUAUGCUAUGGAUUUUUCUGGUAGUUCACAGAAACCUAGGGAUCCCUUCUCAGAAUGUUUUUAAAUGCAUAAAAUAAAAUAUGUAUUAUAAAAGAAAUCAUUAUACUGAAAUAGGACAAAAAAAAAGUUUGGACAUCAAGUUAAGAACCCCUAUAAUAAAUCCUUUUCACAGCAAGAGAGUUAAGACUAGGUCAAUUAGAAAGUUUGAGUAGGUCCAGGUGCCCUGAUAAAUAUAUAGGAGGUCCAUAGGACAGGUUAUUCACCUUGGCUCACAGAAAGGUAGCUUUGUCUCUUCUAUUUGUCUGAAUAAUCAAAGAGCACUAUGGAGGUAUCCUAUACUCCUUCCAGUGUUUGGCAAAGUACUUGAACUCAUCUUGUAAAAAUUGAAAAUCUAAGGGGAAAAGCAUAACAUGUGAAUGGGAGGCUUGUAUUCAUAAGCUGUCUAAAGAGCAGAGAAAAUACUUGGAAUCUGGAAAAUACAAAUGUUUGAUCCUACUGUUUCAGGAGGCACCACAAGUGCCAGUUUCUAUAGAAUCUUAAAAUUUAUAUAGAGAUUCAGUCACCACUCCAGUACUCAUAGGAGCAAGCAGAUUAUUUUUUUUCUCUUCAACUGUCAUAUCAAUGGCUAUGGACAACCAACAUAGCAGAAUACGAAUAGUUACUUGGCCUGAGCAAGAUGUUGAACAAGACACUGAUAACCAGUUAUCUCCUUAAAAUACUGGAAUCGCACUUUUCUCUCCACUGUUUCAUCAUUAAGAAACAUACAUUGGUUCUAGGCAAGGAAAAUAGGUGGUGAAGGAGAAUAUGAAAGAAUCUGAAGACUUUAUCUUGGUAGGAGUCAAAAUAACUGUCAAAUGGAUGGGCAACUUAGCUCACCUCCUCCUGGAUUUUUUCAUAGGUCUGUUAAUUUCCCUCCAAUAAAGACAGAAAAUACUUCUAGUUUAAAAAUUCUAUGUAGAUAUUUUUCUUCAGAUAACUUCUAUGACAAGCCAAGACAUGAAUCACUUAUGUGAGAGAUUAAGGAAUUAAGAAAUAAGUUCUAAAGUAUUUUGACUUUGACUACUUCUUCCUGUUCCCUUGCAUAGACUAAAUUCUUACCUUCUGAUACGAGAGAAACAGCGGAGAGAAAUACAUUCAAAAUGACAACUGUCUUCUUUAAAUUAAUAGUUUAAAUUAUUUUCAAUACCAUGGCUCAAGGAAAGGUAAAGACAAACUGUCCCCACAAUGUUCAAUGUAGGAUUGUAGAAUCUUUUCACUUUUAUUUCAGAAUGAGUAUCAUUAACCAUUUCAAUCAGCAUGCUGAUAUUUCAAGAGUCUGUAUCAUUAAGCAUUUUGAUCAGCAUGCUGAUGGUCUUAGUUAUAUUCUGGCUGAGUAGCAAACAACAAACAGGAAUCAAAGAAUAGCAAGAGACAUCAGUCUAGUAAAGGGACGUUUAUUUCCUUCAAUGUUACCACCUACAUCCCAAAUUGUAACUUUAUAGGAUGUAUAUAUCAUUCUCCCAUCGCCCCUCUUAGUCUCUAUUCACUGUAUAGCCUGGAUUUCAGGACAUAAUCGUGCAACAAAGAAUAGAGUAAUAUAGAAGUUUCUUUUCAUCUGCUGCUCCUGGCAGAAAAAAAGGCCAGGCAUUACUACCCACUUAUUAGAAACAGGACUUCUUGUGAGGUGCUAUUUUGAGGUGAGAUGAACCAAUAGAGCUUCAUAUCAUCUCUCCAAACUCCUGUUUUGUCAAUUUUUUUUUUUUUUUUUUUGAGAACAACAUACUGGAAGAAUUACAGUCUUCCAGAAUCUGAACAUGAUCCUUGCCACUUGCCACUAUUUGCAACAUGUGUCAGACAGGGAUCCAGUUCUUCAUGUACUAGCACAUGAGACAAAUGGGAACAAGCUUAUGGGACCUGCAUUUUGGAGUAAGAAGGUGGCGAGACCAAGAAUAAAGAGAAGCUGAUAUAUUUGAAAUCCUAAAGAAAGUCUGUCUCAGAAAUAAA